AUGAUGGACCAGGAAGAGGAGGAUGGGGGCUCGGCUGCCUGCGACAAGGCAGGCUCCCCGGACCAGGAGGGCUUCUUCAACUUGCUGAGCCACGUGCAGGGCGGCCGGAUGGAGGAGCAGCGCUGCUCACUGCAGGCGGGGCCGGGCCCAACCUCCGAGAGUGAGAGUGGCCCUGCCCCCGAGAUGGAUAGUCUCAUGGACAUGCUGGCCAGUACCCAGGGCCGCCGCAUGGAUGACCAGCGUGUGACAGUCAGUGCCCUGCCUGGCUUCCAGCCUUUGGGCCCCAAGGAUGGAGCGCAGAAACGAGCCGGGACCCUCAGCCCCCAACCCCUCCUCACCCCUCAGGACCCGACUGCUCUCAGCUUCCGUCGGAACAGCAGCCCCCAGCCCCAGACACAAGCCCCCUGAGGGCCUGAGGCAUCCUGGGCCCCACGUGGCCCCCGAAAGCAGACAAUAAAACACUUCCACGAG